CUUUGCAUGUUUAUUUUGAGUUGCCAUUUGUCCAAGGAAACCAUAAGACCCACCCUUCUGUGUAUACACCACAUCAUUGGAUUUUAGGACUGUCCAUCACUGUACAUCUGGAAUAACACGAGUAUUCACAUAGUCCGCGCUACCGUGUAGCCUGCAGGCCACGGGAGAGGGUGAGUUAUGGCAGUUUUAAUGUUUGACGUGAGACAGGCCGUUGCGAAGAUGAAAGCGGACUCCGAUUCACUCUGACUUCAUGCACCCUUUUUUAAUUCAGUAAAACAUGCCCACUGUCAACAUGGCAGAGCAGUCGACUGCAGUGCCCUCUCCUAAUAUGGCGGCACUUAGCCCGGCUAGAUCAUUGACUGUUAUUUUCUUAAUUGUCAGCGGCUAUCUGGUAAGCUCUACAAAUGGAAAGGAGGGGACAGAGGAAACUGUCAUCAUAGGUAUUAGGCUGGAGAAUUCGGACGAAAUAUCCUACAUGGAUGGAGGCUUUUUGCGCGUUAGCGAGCGCUCGCGUGUCAAGUUGAGGGUCUAUGGGCAAAACAUUAACAACGAGUCGUGGUCCAAGAUUGCCUUCACUGAGCACAGGCAAACAAGUGUCCCGAAGGACGCGGAUAGCCCGUCAGACUUGAACCUGCAGAACCAUGGCGAUGCGUAUUCGGGAGAGACAUGCAGCAUCCGCUCCUCUGAUAUAAUUAUUCUUCCCCAUGUGAUAGUGGACCGAAAAACAUCGGGCUUGAUUGAAAUAGACGUGAAACCUCUACGGAAAACAGAGAAGAGUAAAGCUUACUACCUUUGCAUUGCCACGGCAUCUGCCGGCCCACCAGGUACAUCGGACGGGUGGCCUGAGAACACCUGGAUUUACCACGAUGGCCUAGACACCAAAGUGCUUGUGGUGGAGGAGAAAAAGUUCCUCCUACCGUUCUGGCUCCAGGUGAUCUUCAUCGGGAUGCUGCUCUGCCUCUCGGGGAUGUUCAGUGGGCUAAACUUAGGACUUAUGGCCCUUGACCCCAUGGAACUGAGGAUAGUUCAAAAUUGUGGGACAGAGAAAGAAAGGAAAUAUGCAAAGAAGAUCGAACCUGUGCGAAGUCAAGGUAACUAUUUAUUGUGCUCUCUUCUAUUAGGAAACGUCCUAGUAAACACAACACUGACUAUUUUGCUGGACGACAUUGCUGGGUCGGGUUUGAUAGCCGUGGUAGUGUCCACUAUUGGCAUUGUCAUUUUUGGCGAGAUUGUACCUCAAGCUAUCUGCUCACGGCACGGACUGGCGGUGGGUGCAAACACAAUUUUUCUGACGAAAUUUUUCAUGAUCCUCACCUUCCCUGCUUCAUACCCGGUGAGUAAACUUUUGGACCAUGUACUUGGACAAGAGAUUGGCACUGUGUACAACAGAGAGAAACUGUUAGAGAUGCUUAGGGUGACGGAUCCCUACAAUGACUUGGUGAAAGAGGAGCUGAACAUCAUUCAGGGUGCUCUGGAACUCAGGACCAAAACGGUGGAGGAUGUGAUGACCCCCUUGAGGGAUUGUUUCAUGAUCACUUCAGAAGCCAUCCUUGAUUUUAACACCAUGUCUGAAAUUAUGGGAAGCGGAUAUACCCGCAUCCCUGUGUUUGAAGGGGAGAGGUCCAACAUCGUAGACCUGCUGUUUGUUAAAGACCUGGCCUUCGUGGAUCCGGAUGACUGCACGCCGCUGAAGACCAUCACCAAGUUCUACAGCCACCCGCUACACUUUGUCUUCAAUGACACAAAGUUGGAUGCUAUGCUUGAGGAAUUUAAGAAGGGGAAGUCUCACUUGGCUAUCGUACAGCGGGUCAAUAAUGAGGGUGAGGGUGACCCCUUCUAUGAGGUUUUGGGCAUCGUCACCUUGGAGGACGUAAUCGAGGAGAUCAUCAAGUCAGAGAUCCUGGACGAGACAGACCUAUACACCGACAACAAAACAAAAAAGAGGAUAGUCCACCGCGAACGCAAGCAGGACUUCUCCGCCUUCAAGCCCGUGGAGAGCGAGCUGAAGAUCAAAGUCUCCCCUCAGCUCCUGCUUGCCACCCUGCGUUUCCUAGCAACAGAGGUGGAGCCCUUUGGUCCAGCUCAGAUGUCGGAGAAGAUUCUGCUGCGUCUCCUGAAGCAUCCUCACGUCAUUCAAGAGCUCAAGUACGACGACAAGAACAAGAAGCAGCCCGAGCACUAUCUCUUCCACCGCAACAAGCCUGUCGACCACUUCAUUCUCAUCCUACAGGGUAAAGUGGAAGUUGAAGCAGGCAAGGAGGGAAUGAAGUUUGAAGCGGGGCCCUUUUCUUAUUACGGAAUGCUAGCCUUGACCUCCUCCCCAGUUCCUCUCUCCCUGUCUCGAACCUUCGUGGUCAGUAGGGCGGAGUCUUUAGCUGGAUCCCCAGAGAACAAAUCACCCCCACGGCCUUUUGGUCUGAACCACUCUGACUCUCUCAAUCGAUCGGACCGCCUUGACGCAGUCACACCAACUCUGGCUAGCAGCAACAACCAGCUCAAUGCCUUCCUGCAGAUCUAUGUUCCAGACUAUUCCGUCAGAGCCACAUCGGAUCUCCUCUACAUCAAGGUCACGAGGCAGCAGUAUCAGAACGCCCUGACCGCUUCCCGAAUGGAUAAGACACCCCAGUCUACCGACGGGGAGUUUACCAAGAUCGAGCUGACCCUCCCCGAGCGGUCGACCGGCGCUGUGGACGACUCAGUCAGCCCGCUUCUACCCCAGCCCAACAAUGUGCACGUGCAUGGCAACUCCAACUGCAAUGCGCACUCACACACAAACACACACUCACAGUCAAACCACACGGGCCACAACGAAGGCGCCAUCUAAGCGUCUCCACACACACACACACUCGCUCACACACUCCCUCACACACACACACGCACUCGACACACACACACACACACCCCAGAGAGUGGAGGUGGGAGUGGGGGUGAGAGACAGAGAAAGAAAUCGAGUGAGAGUGAGAGUGAGAGAGAGAGACACACACAGACAGAGAGAAAAAGACAGGUUUUUACCAUCACGAGAAGGUCACAAGAAAAUACAAUCCACAAUCCACAGGAGACAGGGGCAGACAGACCGACAGACCAGUCCGGCAUCAACGCCGCGCCGAGCCACGCCGAGCCUCACUCGCACCCCACCCACACUGGACCACCAGAGCUACCGGCAGGCCUCUGCAUGGGGCAGAGCUGAGGGCAGGGAUUUAUCCCAUAAUUUACCCCCAGGUGACCACCUGGAGUAGAGGCCAACCUGACAACAACGGACCACAGACAGCUUACACAGGGGCGCUGCCAGGGUGCCGCAGGGACCUGGGGAUCCUUUUCAGGAGGGAGCCUAGAGGCGGCACCUUCCCCUUCCCUCCCCCACCCCACCCCCUCAGCGAGGGCACCUCAGAGAGGCCCAAGGCCCAGCCAGAUGGGCCCCUUGCAGCCUCACGUCGAACUCAGGUCACUGUUUACGGUGCUCUGCAUGACCAGGACAGUGAACAAGCUGAGGAAGUGCCGUGUGAAGGAUCAUAAAUAGCGACAUACUAGCGACGCAUGCACACACACACAGAAAAACACACACGCACACAUACAUACGCAUGUACACAGAGAUUGAGAAAAAUAGACCUUAACAUGGACAACUGUCCUCAGGCUCUACACAGAGAAGUCUUACACACCGCUACUCUUUGUUGAGUAGCUCACCCCUGCACUGGUGAACUUCAACACUCACACACACUCAUUUUAAGCUAUGCUUGAAUAGGACGUCUCACAGGUACAGGCUCCGGACCCUCCAUCCACUUCCCCACCCCCACACAUAGGGCAGCGGUGGCUCACAGAGACGAGCCAGCAGUCCUCGUCUGCUGUGGGCCCAAGAGGAACACUCUUGAAGGAGGAGGAUUCUUAUCCUAAAGCCUUGGAUUCAAACGGUCAUUGUAACUUCAACGAAAAGUCUUUAAUCCCACAGGGCACUCCAUUCAUUCGUUCGUACAUUCAUUCAGUCAGUCAGUCCAAUGAGUUGGGCCGUUCCACUGGAGAGAGUGUGUGUGUGUGUGUGUGUGUGUGUGUGUGUGUGUGUGUGUGUGUGAGAGAGAGUCCACAUGGGCGCCAGAGCAAGAGGAAGCGCGUUUGAACUGCUUGACCAAAGACACUGGACAAUGGAGACGGCAAAAAACAAAUGCAUUCACCAGGGGAAGGGAGGGGGCAUGGAGAAUUUUGACUGUGCCAAAAAGAAACAAAGAAAUGUCUUUUGGUGGCUACACAUGGUAUUUAUUUCCCUGCUGAAAGUAACGGUGUGUAUUCAUGUGUGUGUGCGUGCGCACAAGCGCGCUGGUGAAUACAUGUAUUGUACACUUACAGUACAAAGGCAGUCGGUGUAUGUUUACAUGCAAGCGCCUUUUCAUUUGUAUAUUUAAGUAGAUAGUAUUUUUUUUUCUUUUUUUACUUUGGUUAUAUGAAGAAGAAAAAAUCUCAAGGUACAGAAUUUUUUUUUACACUGUUCUGAUAAGCUGUCUGUUUUAAUCACUAGUCUUAAAGACCAUCUUUUAUUUUAGAGUAGCUACAUAUGCCCUUAUGUUGACAUGAUUGUAACAAAGUGGAUGUAUAUUUUUUAACUUAUAGUUAGCUAUGACAAUGGUGUUAAGGCUCAGACAUUGAAAUUCUCAACUCUUACCAGACUGUUGAAGUAUUGUGGAAAUGUCCCGAAAUGAUCAAAUGCCACAUGACUCCUACACUCAUGCAUCACAUCAACUAGUUUAUCAGACACUGUGUAGAGGUGUACAGAGAGCUAUUUAAGGAAACUUGGGACACUAGAAAAGCUAGUAUAGUGUUAAAAUAUGGACAAAGUGCUGUGCAUUGCACUCUUUGGGGAUAUCAAAAGAUUCUUUGGCUCAUCUUCAGUGAAGAAUCCCUGAAAGGUACUACAAGAUAGCACCUUGAAGCACUAUAAGUAGAGCUUCUGAUGACCAGCCAAUCGUUUCCCUAAAUGCCCAGUAGCACUAUCUCCUCGUUUCUUGGUGAUGAUAAAGGGCAAAUGACUGCUCAGAUUCUGAGCACGCUCUGUGAACCGAGGAUGCCAACUGUUUCUCUCGUGUUUAAACUCUGUGGUUUCCAUGGUGCCUGAUCACUACUUACUCGAACGGUUUUGAUUCCUCAGAGUGGGUAAAAUGUCUUAUGCCCCUGACCCCCUAUUAUGUUUAGUGUAUCAGCACUGAGGGCAUUUAUAUGGUGACAAGUCACAAAAGGAGCACACCAGGUGAUAACCAUUGUGGUGAUUUAUUUUCUCAGAGGAACAGAUAAACAUUGCUGUCUCUCAUAGUCCCUUGUUUUAAGAAGGAAGGAGGCCAUAGGCUCAUACAAUACAGUAUAUCUUCAAGGACAUUUUAAAUUAAUUGUUUAGACGUUGGAACUAACGGUUUGACAUCAAUUCUCUGAAGCCACUUUGGACUUUGGGUUUGUCUUGAUGUGUCUUAUAAUGAGGAUAGAGAUGGAGGAAUAUCAACAGCCUUGUUUCCACAUGGUUUUAUGUAGCAAAGAUUCAGUGCAAUAGAAGUUAAAAUUAUGCAGGGACAAUCGUGUCCAGGAUUAAUCUCGUUUUACCCACAUUUGUAUUCAUGGAAGGACACAUGGCGAUUGGGAGAAAAGUAGUAGUCUACAUCACAUUGCCAGAUGUGUCCAAAGCUCACAGAUUAAAAGGAACUAAUUAUUUACAUUGAAAGCAAGUUAAGGUGGGGAGAUAGCCUGUUGUAGUUGUUAAUCACAAAUAGAGUAUAUGAGUGGUGAAUCUUCAAGGGUGGUUUUAAGUGUAGGACAUCUGGUUGUCACAAAAUAAAGACAGCGUCCUCUUUCUGGGUGUCUAGUUGGAUAGACUCCCCAUAUCUGGGAACAAAUGUGGAAAGACGGUUUGAGCUUUUCCACGUUGUACAUUCAUUUUCUGUAAUUCCUCCAUGGGUGAUGGGAGAAAGACACAAGCUACUUGUGACAUCUAAGGUUUUGUUCAACAGAAAUGGUGCUCCAACAUUUGAUUUGAGUCCAUUACUGAUUGCUGCUAUUUCCAUUCUUGAAUGUGUAAACAUAGACAUUUCAAAUGUAGAAAGCUUUUAAAUGCAUACUUAUAUGUCAACCAGAAGAGAAAAUAGUAUAACAGAUAUCUAUAUACAGUGUAUAUAUAUACUGCUUAAUGAUGUUGAUACAAUAAAAAAAGUGACAUUUUG